AUGGGACUCUCUCAUUUGUUGUUGUUUAUAGCGAUAAUGCGUUUGUUAUGUUUUUCUAUAAAAGCAGAAAGCAUUGAAUGCCCUCAUAAAUGUGAAUGUCUGGAGCAGUACGUUGAUUGUUCAAAAAAGAAUUUCGGUUCAGUGCCAAAAAUCCCGAAGUGGGUGGAACGAUUGGAUCUCAGUCACAAUAGAUUGAAUGGCAACGUAACGGAGGCUUUCGAUAAAUUGAUAAAUUUAAGGCAACUCAAAUUGGACAAAAAUUCUUUUCAGUUUAUACCACAUUUACAGAGUUAUAAUCAAAUUCAAGAAGUGAGUUUGAAUAGAAAUAGUAUUGGAUCAAUAGAUCGAGGCACUUUUCCUGCAAACUGUUCUAUCAGAAUUCUAAAUGUCAACAGUAAUCAUAUAAAAUUUAUAGAAGAAGGAGCUCUAACAAAUUUAACCAACUUAGAAGUUUUAAAACUGAAUAGAAAUGAGUUACAGUCCCUUCCUAAUCAUCUUUUUAGGUAUCAAACAAAUCUAAGGAUCUUAGAGCUAAACCACAACAAACUUCAUAUGAUUAGUUCACUUCUUUUUCAAGGAUUGUCUAAUUUAACUACAUUGAAACUAAAAUAUAACAACAUUGAUAAUAUAAUGGAUGGUGCCUUUUUUGGAUUUAAAUCUAUGAAUUUAUUACAGCUUGACUAUAACAGAAUUAGAACUAUAUCUAAGGGUUGGAUGUAUGGAUUAGAAUCACUGAUAUCAUUAUUUCUGUCAAACAAUUUGAUUUCUGAAAUUGAUUCUGGCAGCUGGGAAUUAUUUUCUAAUUUAGAAGUAUUAGAUCUGUCACAUAAUCAGUUGCUAGCAAUUGAAGGCAAAACAUUUCAACAUUUAGUCAAUCUCCAUACUCUUAACUUAGGAUAUAACAAAAUAUCAUCAAUUUCACAAGAUGCUUUUGGUUACAUGACCCAACUUCAAACAUUUAGCCUUAACAACAACAAAAUAUCUUGGACUGUUGAAGAUAUGUCUGGGCCCUUUUCUAAAUUACAAAACUUAAAUAGUUUUAGUCUUGCUGCUAAUCACAUAAAAUCAAUUAAUUCUAGAGCAUUUGAAGGCCUAUCUAAUCUUGUUGAAUUAGAUCUAAAAGGCAAUAAUAUAACAUCAAUUCAACAACAUGCAUUUGAUUCCUUAACAAAAUUAAGAAAACUGCACUUGAAUUCAUCAUCACUUUUAUGUGACUGUAACUUGCUGUGGAUCGUAGAAUGGAUCAAACAAAAAGCUGAGCAAAAGUUUGUAACAGCCAACUGCGCCUACCCGUCAGAGGUGAGAGGAGUUUCAGUAACAAAACUGAAAGAGGAUAAUUGUGGUGAUUCACCAAAACCAAAGGUUGUGGAACACCCUAAGACUCAUCUCGCUAUAAAGGGAAGAUCAGCUAAUCUUAUUUGCUCGGCAACAUCUAUUCCUUUUAAUAACAUGACAUUUUUGUGGAGGAAAAAUAAUGGAAAUGUCAGUAACCCUAUGGUUUAUGAAAAUAUUACAAUUGGAACAAAUGGUCAGCCUCGUGCAACUUCACUUUUAGUCAUUCCAAAUAUUACUCAUGCUGAUUCUGGCAAAUAUCAAUGUGUUGUAAGUAACAACUUUGGAACAACAUACUCUACAAAGGCUAAAGUUAAUAUUGUGACUUUUCCCAGAUUUACGAAAACACCUACAAAUGUAACAGUUAAAACAGGAGAGACUGUAACACUUAAUUGUGCUGCUACAGGAGAUCCUCCUCCAGAAAUUUCUUGGAAAAAAGAUGGUGGGAAUGAUUUUCCUGCAGCCAGAGAAAGAAGGAUGAAUGUGAUGCCAGCUGACCAUGUAUUUUUUAUAGUUAAUGCAAAAACCACAGACAUGGGCAUUUAUAGCUGUGCUGCUAAAAAUCCAGCAGGUACUAUUAUAGCAAAUGCUACGCUGACAGUAUUGCAAGAGCCAUCAUUUGUUAGGGUUAUGGAAAAUAAAGAAGUGACUAGUGGAGAGUCAGUUGUCUUACAAUGUAUGAUAUCAGGCUCUCCAAAGCCUGUCAUUAAAUGGGUGAAGGAUGGAACACCAUUAACCAUAACAGAAAGGCAUUUCUUGACAGGAGAUGAUCAGCUGUUAAUCAUAAUUAAUUCAGAAUCUGGUGAUGCUGGUCAAUAUGAAUGUGAAAUUACUAAUGAGUUAGGAACUAAAAAAGAUAUGACUGAGUUACGUGUCUUACCUAAAGUGGCCAUUAUGGUCAAUGAAGACAAUAUGGCUGGAAUUAUAAUUAUUACAGCUGUAUGUUGUGCUGUAGGGACAUCAAUUAUUUGGGUUGUAAUUAUUUAUCACACUCGUAGACGUACUGCAAGUGUAGUGCAUACAUUUCCUGCCGAAGGUAUUAAAAUGACACAUGUUGUGCACAGUGAUAGUGAAUCCCCGCAGAUGUUUUCAGACAAUAUAUCAGAGCACUCAUCAUGUAAAGACAGUGGAACAGGUGACUCUGCUAAACAAACAAGUUUUGAUGGUGUGCCUUCUGAUAGAAGUGAACCAGUUCAUUUUGACACUGUGUGUCGUAGUUAUUCCCCAGUGCCCGAAGCACAUAAACUUCUCCCCUCUUCCUUUAAACCAUCAAUACAACCGGGAUAUGGACAACCUGGAGGUCAACCCCAAGGACUAGAGAUGGGCCAUGGACCGUAUCCAUCUAUAGGCGCCGGCGGAGUUAACCCUCAAGUACAGCAAUGGUUUCGUGCGGUAGAUAAAGAUCAAUCUGGAGAGAUCACCGCUAUUGAGCUGAAGGCUGCACUGGUGAACGCUCAAGGGAAGACAUUUUCAGAAACUGCAUGCAACCUAAUGAUUGGAAUGUUUGACAAUGACCGUACAGGACGCAUCAAUGUGGAAGAAUUUGAGAAACUUUACACUUACGUUAACCAAUGGCUGGCCGUUUUUAAAACCUACGACACAGAUCAAUCAGGAUCUAUUGAAGAGAAAGAACUUUCCAAUGCAUUGCAGCAAAUGGGUUUCCGCUUUACUCCGGAAUUCAUCAGCUUUUUAACGAAGAGAUGCGACCCUCGAGAAGGAAAGGUAUCAGUCGAUAACUUUAUUGUACUAUGUGUACAAAUACAGCGCUUUACAGAGGCAUUUAAGUCGCGUGAUACACAGCAAAAUGGCACCGUCACUAUCGGAUUCGAAGAUUUUCUUAAUGUGGCACUCAGCUGUUCUAUAUAA